AUGUUCUCAUCUUCUUCCCUCUGCCAUGACGCCUCAAAUUUUUGGAUUAAGAUGGUAGCUUUUGGGAAAAAGUUGAAGGAAAUACAAAUUCAAGAAUGGAAAGGAUACUACAUCAACUAUAAGUUAAUGAAGAAAAAAGUGAAGCUGUAUGCUAAUCAAAUUGAAGCUGGAGCACUAGAUCAGCAACAAGUUCUCAAGGAUUUCUCGCAAAUGCUAGAUAAUCAGAUUGAAAAAAUAGUUCUUUUUAUCUUGGAACAACAAGGACUACUUGCGACCAGGAUUGCCCAGCUUAAUGAACAGCAAGACUUUCUUCAGGAACAUCCUGACAUACCGAAAAUAUCCGAGCUUCAAGAAGCUUAUAGAGCAGUUGGACUUGAUCUUUUAAAGCUUCUCCAUUUUGUUGAAAUGAACGCCAUUGGUCUGAGAAAGAUCCUUAAGAAGUUUGAUAAGAGGUUUGGAUACAGAUUCACUGAUUACUAUGUCAAAACUCGUGCUAAUCAUCCUUAUUCUCAGCUUCAGCAAGUAUUCAAACACGUGGGAUUAGGAGCUGUUGUUGGAGCAAUAUCUCGCAAUCUUGCAGAUCUCCAGGACCGACAUGGAAGCCACUUAUCAAUUUAUGACCAUCCCGCUCUUCCCCUACAGGAUCCUGUUGUUGACUCAAUAAAAUCAGCUGUCGACAGACUAACCCAUUCAACAAACUUCCUUUACUUUUUGGGACAACAUGCAUUUACAAUGCAAGAAGAGUUGCCUACUACUGCUGAGGAACACAUCGAUGAUCAUAGAUAUCAUUUUAUGUCUCUUCUUUUGAACUUGGCAAGCACAUUUCUAUAUAUGGUCAAUACAUAUAUUAUCGUUCCGACUGCGGAUGACUAUUCUAUGAGCCUUGGGGCAGCUGCAACAGUUUGUGGUAUUGUAAUUGGGGUGAUGGCUGUAGCACAGAUAUUUUCUUCUGUAUAUUUCAGUGCUUGGUCCAACAAGUCAUACUUCAGACCUCUGGUAUUUAGCAGUAUAGUUCUUUUCGUUGGAAAUGUCAUUUAUGCAUUGGCAUAUGAUCUCAACUCACUAGCAAUUCUUUUGAUUGGUCGACUGUUAUGUGGUUUUGGUUCUGCCAGAGCAGUUAACAGGCGUUAUAUUAGCGAUUGUGUACCAAUCAAAAUCCGCAUGCAGGCUUCAGCAGGUUUUGUUAGUGCUAGCGCUCUUGGAAUGGCAUGUGGUCCUGCACUUGCUGGGCUACUUCAGACAAAAUUCAGGAUUUACAAUAUCACAUUUAAUCAAGACACUUUGCCAGGCUGGGUAAUGGCCCUGGCAUGGUUAUUCUAUUUAAUAUGGUUGUGGAUCUCAUUUAGAGAACCUGCUCAUGAGGCUGUAGUUAUCAACGUUCCAGAGGAAGCUCAUGCUGACUCUAAUUACCAGCAGGAGGCAUCCACAUCAGUAACAGCAACUCAGGCAACAUCAGCAAGGUCAGCAGCAGCAGCAGCUUCAGUAGGAAAUGAUAAUCUUGAGAAGAGUCUUGCACAGCCAUUGCUUUUAUCGACUGCCAAGAAUGAACAAGAUGAGGAAGAUGAUCGAGAAUGUGACGAGAGUGAAGAGGCUUCAGAGGAAUCUAGUCGGCCAGCAAACUCCCUAGCAUCAGCUUACCGGUUACUUACACCUUCUAUAAAGGUUCAAUUGUUGAUAUACUUUAUGCUUAAAUAUGCAAUGGAGAUUCUACUUUCAGAAUCAAGUGUUGUCACAACGUACUAUUUUGGUUGGACUACAAGCAGGGUGUCAAUUUUUCUUGCAUGCCUUGGCCUAACGGUUCUUCCAGUUAAUGUUGUUGUUGGAAGCUACAUAAGCAAUAUGUUCGAGGACAGGCAGAUUUUACUGGCAUCAGAAAUUGUGGUCUUGUUGGGGAUACUUCUCAGCUUUCAAAUAUUCAUCCCAUACUCUGUGCCACAAUACGUCUGCUCAGGGCUCAUAAUGUUCGUAUCGGCUGAAGUAUUGGAAGGGGUCAAUUUGUCACUCCUAUCCCGAGUAAUGUCGUCCACGCUUUCUCGUGGGACGUUCAAUGGUGGGCUUCUGUCCACUGAAGCUGGUACACUUGCUCGAGUGGUUGCAGACGGAACAAUCACCCUAGCUGGGUACCUGGGGGAGAGCAAGCUCUUGAAUGCCACCCUUCUUCCAUCCCUCCUGAUUUGUGUCGCGUCUAUCAUCGCCACCUGCUGCACUUACAAUUCUCUCUACUGA